AUGCCGCAAAUCAAAGUUAUUCUAUUAGGCACAAGUCACCCCCACAUCUUUCAACGGUAUAAAUAUCUCCAGGAAUCCACCAACAUCACACUUCUUGGUUAUUACGACAGCGAUGAUGAGGUCGCUCGACGCAUGCAAGACCAUGCAGGAUGUCGACGGUACAGCGACCCUGGUAGCCUGCUGGCUCUCCACUCCGACGUUAUACUCAUUCACGGUCGCGAUUGCGAGAACGCGAAGUUUAUCCGCUUGGCCCUGAAUAGCGGAGCGAGAGGCAUCUUCGUCGAGAAGCCUGGUGUCGCACAGCCAACUGAAUUCUACCCGCUGGCAGAAGAGAUCCGUCAACGUAAAAGCACGAUCGUAUUUGAAGUCGGCUGGGAGCUUCACUACCUCGAAACCGUUGCGUUUGCACGAAGGGUUGUCCGCGAGUCCCUGUUGGGGACCAUCACAAUGGCUCGAUUCCACGGCGGGUGCCCCGGGGGCGCUGGGGCGGAACCUUGGCAAUCGGAUGAACAUAAUAUCGGCGGUUUCUUCUAUAGUCUUGGGGGUCAUGUUGUGGAGAUCGCCGUGGAUCUCUUUGGCCUGCCGAUACAGGUCGUCAGUUCGAUUCGCAAGCUCCCAGCACAGCCACCUCAUAAGGGAUUUUCUUGGGUCCCUGGACUUUUCGAUGGGCGGGAAGUAAAUCCAUGGCACGCGAUUGGAACGCUGGAGCAUGAGGACAUUGCAUCUGCAAUACUGGAGUAUGAGCAUUUCAAUGUGCACUUGGACUUUUCCGCGUGGGAAGGGAGUCGAUAUUUAAGAGAUUGGAGCGUGGAAAUCUAUGGAGUCCAAGGGUCCUUGCGAUUGAACAUCGACGGUCCGGGGAGUUGUCUCCUGUUGAAGGAGAAGAGAGAAGAAUGGGGUUCCGGGAGAAAUGAGGUGUUUUCCAAGAGAGAGGUCGAUUUAGCUAUGGCUUUCAAGGAGCAGAUGGAGGGCUUUUUUCGAAGAGUGGAGGGCAUUACACGAGACGAAGAAAGUUGUGAUGAGAGCAUAGCAGAGAAAUUGCUAAGGCUUUACAGUGCUUUGUAUGAGUCGGCUCGGACUCGACAAUGGGUCUCAAUCUAG